CCUAAACCAUUAAUAUAAAUAACACCUAAAACCCAGCCGCCUUCCUCCCCCCAAUUCCAAUAACACCAACCAAUUUCCUCUCUCUCUCUCUCUCUCUAGCUAAACCUUCCCUCCUUGUACAAUAUGGAGAGCUCACCGGCCGGCGGGAAGUACUCGACCCAAGCCAUGAUGGACGGCGUCGAACGGCCGAGCCCGAGCCAUGCCAAUAUUCAUAACCACAAGGGGCUGCGGACCGGCGAGCUGGCUCUGAGAGCCGGCGCCCUGUUGCUGACCUUGGCCGCCGCCAUCGUGCUCGGGAUCAACAAACAGACCAAAACGGUGCCGGUUCAGAUCAUCAGCACCAUGCCUCCGGUCAACGUCCCCGUCUCCGCCAAGUGGCACUACCUCUCCGCCUUCACGUUUUUCGUGGUGUGCAACGCGAUAGCCUGCGCGUACGCUUUCUUCUCCCUCCUGCUGGCCUUGGUGGGGAGGAAGGGAACCGCGGCGGCGACCGUGAUCCUCGACCUGCUGACGGUGGCGCUGCUGUUCGCCGGGAACGGGGCGGCGACGGCGGUGGGGCUGAUCGGGUACAAGGGGAACACGCACGUGCGGUGGAACAAGGUGUGCAACGUGUUCGACAGGUUCUGCCACCAGGUGGCGGCGGCGCUGGGGCUGUCGCUGGUCGGGUCCGUGCUCUUCGUGCUGCUCGUCCUGGUCGCCGUCGUGCGGCUUCACCGGAAGUAUUGAGUGUUGACUGUUGACUGAGCUGAUGAAAACGUGGUGCUCUUUUUUUUUUUUUUUGCGUAUUUGUUGUUGGAUUUUUUUUUUAAUUUUGAAAUUCUAGUCUUUGUAAUUUGUAUCUGUAAUUGUGUGAAGAAAUUAAAUUCGUUUGAUAGCCGAUGAUAAUUUUUAGUUUUUUUUCUUCCAAUCAAGGUU